UCGAAAAUUGUUGACAAUAGACAGCAAUAGAUGAUUAAUGAAUGAUACACCAUCAUCAAUUCAGCUCCUUCAAAGUAGAGAUUGGUUGCAGUUUACCGUCAAUAGUGAUACCGUCAAUUGAUUGCAGUUUACCGUUAUUAGUGUACAAGAUAGCCGUCAGUUUUCAUGAAUCCACUGAGAAAAAUAUGGCGUGUUAUGUUACCCAGGUCCCGCAGGUCAUAAUAUUCAAUGCGAAACGUAACGCAGUCUAUCGCAGUAUUCCCUAAAUUUUGUCGACGAGCGAAAUGCGGCUGGUCGGAAUAGGUUUUUCUGUUGCAUCCCGUUACAAAUCCUGGAGAUUAACCAAGUUACACCGUGGAUCCACUAAGGCACUUGACUUUAUUUUCUCCCGCUUGAGUUCAGUUCAUGUUCAUGUAAGCACACCGCCAGUGUUCGAUUCCAAAGUUGGAUUUACCGACUACGAGAAAGAGCGGAGAGAAUUCCACAUCGACGUUCCUAAAUACUUUAAUUUUGCCAACGUGCUGGACGAAUGGGCGCAAAAGGAAAAGACAGGCGAGAGAAAGGAUGGAAACCCGGCGUUUUGGUGGGUAGAUGACAAAGGGAAAGAAAUAAAAUGGUCUUUUCAACAACUCAUUGAACACAGCAGAAGGACAGCAAAUAUUCUCACGGAAGCUUGUGAAGUUCAGAGGGGAGAUCGCGUCAUGGUCAUAUUACCGAGACUGCCAGAAUGGUGGCUAAUCAACAUCGCUUGCUUACGAACAGGUACUGUCAUCAGUCCUGGAUCAAUUCAAUUGCGAGCCAAGGACAUCAAGUCGCGACUGCUGGCUUCCAAAGCGACUUGUAUUAUUGCUGAUUCUGAAAGUGCUGAGUUUGUAGACGAGGUUGCUAACUUUUCACCACAUUUGAAAACCAAGUUACUUGUAAGCGAAGAGCAAGAAACUAAGGAAAGGAAAGGCUGGCUUCCUUUCAAAGAACUGUACAAACGAGCCUCGCCAGAGCAAGAGUGUGCAAAAACACUCAGUAGUGAGCCAAUGACAGUUUUCUUUACGAGUGGAACAACAGGACUUCCCAAGAUGGCAGAACACACACACGCCAGCUGUGGACUGGGCCACAUUAUCACUGGAAAGUACUGGUUAGACAACGUACCUGACGAUGUCCACUGGAACAUUUCAGACACGGGCUGGGGAAAAUCUGCGUACAGCAGCGUCUUCGGCCCGUGGAGUCAAGGCGCCUGCGUAUUCGUGUACCACAAGGCGCGUUUUGAACCGGUGGCUAUCUUGGAUGCUUUGCAAAAGUACCCUGUCAGCACGUUCUGCUCAGCACCUACAGCCUAUCGAAUGAUGAUCCAAGAAGAUCUCCGUAGCUAUAAAUUUCCAAAGUUAAGACACUGUCUUAGCGCUGGAGAACCUUUGAAUCCAGAGGUGUUUGAUGUGUGGAGAGAAGGAACUGGGCUGGAGAUUAGAGAGGGAUAUGGUCAGACGGAGACAACGCUUAUGUGUGGGUCAUUUCGUUGUAUUGAAAACCGUCCUGGAUCGAUGGGGAAACCCGCCCCUGGGUAUAACUUGAAGAUCGUAGAUGGACAAGGUAAUGAGUGCCCCGUGGGAGUGGAGGGUGAAAUUGUCGUGGAUCUGUCGCCGGUCAGACCUGUGGGACUCUUUACUCGUUACGUGGAUGAUGGCGAUAGAACAUCCUCCGUGCUUCACGAUAAUUUGUACUGGACAGGCGAUCGAGCUACGCGAGACAAAGAUGGCUACUUAUAUUUUGUGGGUCGAUCUGAUGACGUCAUACUCUCAGCUGGGUAUCGUAUUGGUCCAUUUGAGGUAGAAAGUGCCUUGAUUGAACACCACGCAGUCGCAGAGGCUGCUGUUGUUAGUAGCCCUGAUGCUGUCAGGGGAGAGGUGGUGAAAGCCUUCGUUAUUCUCUCGCCGCAUUUCUCUGGAGACAAAGAGUCGUUAGUGAAGGAAUUAAAAGAUCACGUCAAAGAAACAACAGCAUCAUAUAAGUAUCCGAGAAAGAUUGAGUUUGUAGAAAGUUUACCCAAGACAGUCAGUGGCAAGAUUCGUAGAGUGGAACUUAGACAGCAGGAAUGGUCCACUCUUACUUAGAAAAUUCAAUAACUCUGUCAAAUACUUUUAACAAUUUCAUGGAAUUUUAGUGGUUCACAAAUAAAAAAAGAGCAAAGAAAGAAGCAGCAGAUGUUUAUUUAUUAUAAACCGGAAAAUUUCAAUGGUAAUGAUCCAGGUAAUUGUAAGAAUAUGCGCGUGCUUUUAUCAAGAGAUGACGUCUUCUCGGCGACUUUUCAAGCUUUUUGAUACACCGUAAAGCAAUAUAUUAGAGACAAUUAAUUCAGCAAACAGUAUCGCUUUUUGUGUCCGAAAUGUCCAACGCACGCCCGCCCAGAUUUGAACUGAACGGCUUUAAUUACACACGAAUGUUGCUUUCAAAGCGGUCCAUGUUGGGAAAAACUGUAUCCUCGGUCUUGAGCACGAGGAUACAGAUACUCAAGACCUCGGGCACAGUCUUUUUUCCAAUACAAACCUCCUGGCCGGCAA